AAUCGAGUUUUUGUCGGGAUUUGUCGUGACGCCACAUCCUGAGCAGAGCCUGCCUCCUACUUUUUGUUGGGACCAGGGAGAGAAAAUUACCGUGCAGAGGCAGCGAGCUGGAAUAAAAACAAGAAGAAAAAGCUAAAUAAAAGAAACAAGUUACAAACCGUGGAAAUGUACGAGGCUCCCGUUUAGUCGUCUACAAUGCAAGCGGACGUGCUUUCAUCGUGAAUUCCUACGAGGAGGUUUCUGUACGGUCCUGUUUCCCUCCCUCUCCCCCGUCAUGCUGAGUUUCCUGCGCAGGACGCUGGGGCGACGCUCCAUCCGGAAACAUGCAGAGAAAACCCGGUUACGAGAGGCCCAACGGGCCACGACGCACAUCCCUGCUGCUGGGGAGGCAAAGUCUAUCAUCACCUGCCGUGUGUCCUUACUGGACGGGACAGAUGUCAGCGUUGACCUGCCGAAAAAAGCCAAAGGUGAGGAACUGUUUGAGCAGAUCAUGUACCAUCUGGACAUUGUAGAGAAAGACUACUUCGGACUGCGCUUCAUGGAUUCGGCACAAGUGCCGCAUUGGCUUGAUGUUACAAAAAGUAUCAAAAAGCAAGUAAAAAUUGGCCCACCAUACUGCCUUCACAUGAGAGUAAAGUUCUACUCCUCAGAACCGAACAAUCUGCACGAGGAGCUCACAAGAUACCUGUUUGUGCUACAGUUAAAGCAUGACAUCCUCAGUGGCAAGCUAGAAUGUCCAUUUGACACAGCGGUGGAGUUGGCUGCCUUCUCGCUACAGGCUGAGCUAGGAGACUGUGACCCAUUAGAACACAAUCUGGACCUGGUGUCAGAAUUUCGCUUCAUUCCCAACCAGACAGAGGAUGUGGAGCUGGCCAUUUAUAACGCAUGGAAGGAGUGCAGAGGUCAGACGCCAGCCCAAGCUGAGAUUAACUACCUGAACAAAGCCAAGUGGUUGGAAAUGUAUGGAGUUGACAUGCAUAUGGUCAAGGCAAGAGAUGGUAAUGAGUACAGUCUGGGUUUGACUCCUACUGGAGUCCUGGUGUUUGAAGGAGAAACCAAGAUUGGGCUAUUUUUCUGGCCCAAGAUUACUCGUCUGGAUUUUAGAAAGAGCAAACUGACGCUCGUGGUGGUGGAGGAUGACGAACAGGGUAAAGAGCAGGAGCACACCUUUGUCUUCAGGAUGGACCACCCCAAGGCCUGUAAGCAUCUGUGGAAGUGUGCCGUGGAGCAUCAUGCUUUCUUCAGGCUGAGGGGGCCAGUACAGAAGAACUCUGCUCGCUCUGGAUUUAUACGCAUGGGAUCUCGCUUCAGAUACAGUGGAAAGACGGAGUACCAGACAACCAAGGCCAACAAAGCAAGACGGUCAGCCUCUUUUGAGAGGAGACCCAGUCGACGGUACUCCAGAAGAACCAUGCAGAACAGAGGACCAUUCAACCCCCAAGAGGUUCUUUCUUCAGGCAAUGGAGUCAGCGCCAGCAAAGAUAAGGUUUCUGCCAGUAGAGGUGCCUGGUCAGGAAUGCCUGUAGUCAGCCCAGUGGCAGCUGCUGCCUGUGGACCAGUAGAAAUUGAGGCUCUACCCAGGAGUCCUGGAGGAGAAAAAAGAAGGUUGCCAUGGGUUGCUGACUUGAUGGAGACAUGUAUUGACGACGUCCUGAGGGCUUCCCGUGUCCCUACUGUGACAACUACGGAGGAAGCCGGGCCAAGCAAUGCCUAUGCUGCUGCCGGUGUCACUGUGGAAGAUCCACUCAGUCUAGCGGUGACAGCAGCUCGGCUGAAGCAGCUUGAGUUGGAGAGCAGUCCACUUCUUUCUGCUCCAAGAAAUAAUGCCAAUAUUAAUGUCAAUAUGGGCCAACAGGAGGAUGUGGUGAAGCUUACAGAGAAGUGUGGUCUGAACAGUAACGGGCAGCAGUCGCAGCUAUCCACUCCACUACGCGCCCCCGAGGAUCUGAAGAGCAACAUCUUGAAAGCUCAAGCUGAGGCUGCAGCCCUAAAGGGGCCUUUGGAGGAGCAUGUUGUAGUGGUUGGAGAUAAAAACUGUAAUUUGCAGGAGACUUCCGCCAGCAGCCGCCCUGACAUCCAAGACUCCUGGGUGCUGAAGCCAGCCUCACUGGUCUCCUCUGCAGAGACCAGUGCUGAAGAUUUAAACCCCUCUGUUCCCAAGAUGCCCUCUGAGUCUGCCAGUGAAGGCUUGGCACUAAAGGUUAAAGCCGAGGAGGCUGACCUACAAAACAGUCCCCUGUCUACACCUAUUGAUUUCACUGAUCCUCUCCCAUGGUAACUGCCACCAGUGCAGCAACCCAAACCUCUCAUCACGCCUCGCUGGAUCAUUCCCACAACUGCUCCUCCUGGCGUCUUUACUAACGGCCUGCUCGACCUUGACCCCCCUCCUAAGGCCACCUCUCCUCUCCCUGCAGAUGGGGGAGCAGCUCUCACCCCAGCCCUUCCCCACCUCGCUCACACACGUAAUACCAUCUCUGCCAGCACUGUGGGUCAGCCGCCAGCCUCAGAGGAUGGAGCCAAACCCAGAGGUCUCUUGACCACUGAGCUCUGAUGAAGAAAUGAGUAGCCGACAUCACAGCAUUCAUCUUCCUGACUGCUUUCCCACUUCACCCUCUCGCCACCACACACACACGAGCAGGCUGGGUCAGGUGUGCCGAACACUGUGAGAAAGCUCAAAGGAAAGUGGAAAGGAAGAGGCAGCUUACAAGCACCACAAUCGUCGUUGCACCUACACUGUCUGACAGCUCGAACACGAUGAACUAAGUACACAGAUCAACACUAGUACACAUGAGCAGCUUUUCAUCAUCACACGGUAUCAAGCUUAGUUUUGUAAAAUGGUUGAAAUAAACAUUUAGCUCCAGUUUAACAUCUUAAGAGCACCUAACUUGUGAACUUCCUGUUUGUGUUUCACCGUUAGUGACCUGAAUCCAUCCAGUCAAUCAAACCUCUGUGUCCAAAAAACGGAACCAUCUCCUUAGUAGAUAUAGAAAUAACGGAAGUCUUGUUUGGUACAGAGGUCAAAUUGGAGCUCAUACCUAUAUACUGGAAAAAAAAAACACACUGGCUAAUCUCUUAAAGGGGAACUCAACAGUAGGCUUUCCCUUUUAGUGCCCCAUGCUGUUUUAGCGCUGGCAGUACAAACCACUGGAUCCCUGCUACGCUGAGCUUCUCUGUACGCUCACAUGUAGAGCUGCUGUAGUAUGCUAGAUGUGCGACUGAACAUACAAGUCUGUAACAAAAAGAGACUUUGAUCCUUCAAAACACAAUGGGACUCUUGACAGGAUGAAACUUGUGGAUAUGAUACACUACUGUCCUUGCAGCAUGCUACUAAGUUGUUUUCAAACCACUCAGUGCUACAUGUGAGAAGAGUCGCCACUGGGAU